CAGGAACGUUUGAGUCGGUUAGAGUGAAAUGUGUUCUUUCUUUUCUUAAAUAACUAAACCACCUUAAAGUGUUGAUAUAUUUCUGUUCUUGUGUGAUGGAUAUGUGGCAGCGUACUUCCUGAAACGCAGGAAACGAAAGCACUGCGUUUUUCAGGUUCUCUGUGGCGACGGUGACCGGAUCUUGUAAAGCCAAUGAGACUUUGAUUGAGGCAACAGGUUAGUUAAUGAGUAACGCAGGAAAGGUGCAACCUUCAGCAGACAUUUGUUCAGGUCUUACUGUAUGACUCAUACAGACACAAGAAGCACAGAUCGCUGCGUUUGUUUUUAACACUGGCAGGACCGGAUAACAGGACUCUGUGGAGGGUUUUGUUGUUUUUUUUUGUAUGAAGCCGAGUUGUUCUGUUGGUUGUGACUGAGAAACAGUGCUGCUAUGGCUGACCCAAGCUCUCAGCCCCCGGCCUCUGGCUCGUCGGCCAAACUCGACCAGGUGCAAGGUCAGGUGAACGAGGUUAAAGUUAUUCUGAAAGACAACAUCAGCAAAGUGCUGGAGAGGGGGGAAAGACUAGAUGAUCUGAUCGACAAGACUCAUGACCUGCAGACUUCUGCUGACUCGUUCCAAAGAACAUCCACACGGGUUGCCAGGAAAUACUGGUGGAAAAACAUUAAAAUGAUGAUUAUAAUUGGUGUGAUUGUGCUGAUCAUCGUUAUCCUCAUCAUCCUCUUUGCCACAAAUGUUAUAUAAAUCCUCAUCUGUACUCCUUCACCAGCUCAGGACUGAAGGCAAUCGAGCUGGUGGAUGAAGCUCACCUACAGACAGCGUUUAUUGAGCAUUUUAGAAUUGAAUUACUCUCAUGAGAGUCUCUGAUCAUUUCAGUUCAAGCAAACAGAUGUGUUUUAUUUCAAGAUCAAAAUACGUAUGUAAAUUCAAAAGGUACAUGAUUUUGUAACAUUUGCGAGUUUAUUGAUUAGGUUACUCUGCGAUAAAAGCUUAUGAUGUGAGGAUAAAAUUAAGAACUGCAGAGCUUAAAUUGUUAGAAACUUGGCUGAAAUCCUUCCUUGAACACUCCAGUCAUUAACAUUAUUUCACAAAGGAUCACAAAUCCAAAUUAGUGUUUAUUAUUUUUAUUUUGUCGCAUUUCUUUAUAUCUAAUUACCUGUGUAUAUAUACUGUAUGUUUAUGACUCUGUAAUAACAUAUGUAUUAUGACUGAUGACUAUGAUAAAGAGGAUAAAUUGUAA